AUGGAUCUUGAUACUAUGAAACAUUAUGAAACAGGUGAUGGUGGUCUUGGACAAUCAUCUUUGCAACACCAACAGUUUAGUUCAGCAACUAUCGCUAUACGCGCUCAAAAGAAGAUUCUUUCCAAAAUAAUUUCAAGGAAUAAUGCGAAAUUAUUUGUGGAUGAUGCUACUAUCCGUUUAUUUGAUUAUCUCUAUCAAAUCUUGAAAACAGCAUACAACAAGAUAAUUGCUGAAAAGGUGGUGAAAAAUAUUAUCAAACUUAUCGUCAAAUUGGGCGUAAUACUGCGAAAUGAACAGUUUACCGCAGAACAACAAAAUCAACUGUCAAAGAUCCAACGACAAAUGCGCCAACUUUGUCUCACAGUUAUUUCAUUUGGUAAAGUGGCAUUCUCAUACGACUAUACAUAUUUAAAUGCAUUACUAAAGGAGACGUACCGUCGAUUACUGCCAUUGGUGGAACAAAUUCUUAGCGGUAAAUCCAAACAACGCUUGGAUAUGAUUUUUGAACAUCUUUGUAAGAAUUCGGUAUUGGAUUCACUCUUUCGAGCAGAUGGUCAACAUUGGAAGCUUCUUCCAAAAGUUAUAACAGAUCUUGAAGUGCUCAUUGACAGGAAAGAAUUGUAA